AUGACACAAGCGACAAUAUAUGCCUUUAUCCAUUUUACAAAUCUUGACUCUUGUACCAAUCCGUCCACAAUGCCAGAUGCAAUAGCCUAUACUCUACGCAUGCCCGAAAAUGGUUCAUAUUAUUAUCGUGCUCAAUCAGUAAAGAUUGAUCCAAAUAUUUAUCGAUGGAAACGUGCUCCCGAAGAUUUUUGUCGAGAUACUAGUACGACUACUAUGUAUACUUCUCAAUUUUUGGGCAUUCAAUAUUUUAUUGAUUUGUCAAUAAUUCAAUAUUCGACAAACAUCAGUCAAGAUCCAUCGAGUAUAUUCAUGAAUCAUUUCGGUUGUCCUGCACAUUAUUAUGAUACAUUUCAAUCAGAAUUCGGAUUUUUUAUUCCAAUUUUAUUUUCACUUACUUUUAUGAUGACAUUCAUGUUGAACGUUGGCUACAUUGUUGAAGAACGUCGAAAUAAAGCCAAAGUAACGUAA